UAAGUGAACACGUCGCCAUCAACCCUUAUAUGCCCCUCAAGGACAUAUAUAUGAAGUGCGACCUGUAGAGAAAGGCUUCUUCGAUCUACUGCUCUAUGCGUUGAGGUUGCUCGCCUCAAAACGUGCCUGAUGCACCUGCAAAGAACAAAGCCAGUGACCGAUUAGGUUUGACAAGCACUCUCAACUUCGCCGAAGUCGACAGUCAAGAUGCCAAUCGGAGAUCUCCUCGCGCAAAUAGGUGGCCACCAGCCAAAGCCGUCGACCACCUCUACGUUUGUCGCGCCGCUAAAGCGCAAAGCCGACGGCGACCUGCCACGUCACAGUGAUAAAUCCUCCCGAAAUGAGUAUCCCGCAACCGCUUCACCAAGUGUCGCUACGCCCGUGCAAAAGGCUUCGGGAACAUCAGCGUCGAUGUCCAGGCCUGUUCGCCCGCUCCCGGGUCGCUCGUCGGCCUCCACAACUCCUGUCACGAAGUCGACCAGUGCCCCACCAGGCUCUGCGCCCUCUCAAAUCAGCAGAGCCAAAGUUCCAAAGAAAGGCUCGUUCGCCGAGAUCAUGGCUCGCGCAAAGGCGGCGCAAACGAACAUGACUCAGGUUGGCAAGAUCCAGCACAAGCGCAUCGAGAAGGGUCCAACCAAACGGGAGCGCGAGGAGAUGAAGUCGACCAGCAAGGGCGCAACCGGCAAGGCAAAAAGGAAAGGCCCAACACCGCCGCUUCGCGACGGCCGCAAUUGCGCGAGAGAGAAUGGGAGGGGAUCCAGAACAACUUCGGCCGAAGCAGAGAAGAGACCGAAGAAGGCGGCUGCUGCUACCACAGGGUACACGGGUACAGCUCGGCCAAACCUAGCUGCAGCCAAGAAGCCACAGCCAUCUUAUGGAAGUUCUGGCAGAGAUCGAGAUCGCCCAAGCCCAGGGCCCUCGCGGCCUCAAUAUACAUACGCCGCCAGCGAGGACGAGGAGGAUUACGAAUCUGACGUUUCGUCUGACAUGGAAGCGGCCGCAUACGAAGUCGACGAAGAGGAGGAGAGGGCUGCCAGAUAUGCUCGCAAGGAGGAUGCCUUAGCUCUGGCCGAGGAGAACAGACUGAAGAUGGAGAAGGAGGAGAAGCGGAAGAAAUUGGCUGCCAUGGCCAGAAAUAGACGCUGAUUGCAUUACCUCACUGUUACCGAGCAUAGUUGGAGUUUGCAGUUAUUUUUUCCUUUGCGGUCUCGAUUAGCGGUUGGCGCGUGGAUGGGAGAGACGUCUGCUUUUGGCGUAUUGUAGACAUUGUCAUCAAUGGCGCGUUAUUCAAAGAGCGGCAACAUUUUAUUGUA